UGAAAAAAAUAGUGGGCACAUUACUGGCUCGUGGAAUGAAAUUCAUAUAAAGACGUAUAACCGUUCGAGUGUUUGCUCUGGCUCAUUAUUAAACAUUUCAACAGACUAAAAUAUAUUAAGGAACAAAUUUCGUGUUUCAUACUCAGUAUAUGGUGCAGACAAUUCUUCAGCGUGAAUCUGCAGAAUGCUCAAAUAAACAAGUAAACUUCCUUAGAGAAAAACUCGCAAGUGUGCAAAUUCUGGAAAAUUACUGCACAGGAUACAUUGAUGGAACGGUGGAGCAAAUGGAAGAACUUCUUGAACAGUUUCAGGUAAUUGAUUCUAUCUCGUUUGUGAAAGCUGACAACCACUCAAAAACAAGGGGCAAUAAACGUUUUUCACUUACAGCACCGCCAGUGUUUGAAAGCAAGAAGGGAAAUAUUCCAAUUGAGUUUUUUGGAAAUCCGUUUUUGAUUGUGAGCAACGAAACAAGACAUUGUUUACAUGGGAGCGCGAAAGACAGCAGAGGCACUCGCAGACACGACGUAAAAAGUGACCAUGAUUAUGAAGAAAAGGGACGGAUUCGAUUACAGAACAGUAGAAAACUGGAUUGUCCAGCAUAAGUGCAAAUAAGACAAGUCAGAGUAUUUCUCGACUACUACAUCGAUCGAGAACAAUUUACAUCAGAAAACAGCUUGGUUAUGGCAAAACGGAGAGUAUUUAGAGAGAUGGAUAACGAUUCCUCCUCACAAAUUCGCGCCAGCAGUCGAUUUUACCUAAAAAUACCUCUUAGUAGUGCUCAUUCAAGUCACGCCAUUGGUGCCACGGCAACAGUUGGGCAGCGAAUGGAUUACCGACUGGUCACGAAAGUUUAUAGUUUGGUAAAACGCAAUGUAAUUAAAAUCACAGAAGUCAAAAGGUGUCUUGAUCAAUACGUUGAAGAGA